UUGCCGGUGGAGGAUCUGGGCGGUUUAGCUCCUGCUACCCAGUCCUUGUCUCUGCUGCUCAGCGUCCUUUCCUCUGCAGAUUUGGGACUUGCCUUGUGCCUUCCAACUGCUGUAAUUGCAUCGUUAUCUUUCCUAUCUCAUCGUUAUCUUAUCUAGUGACACCGAGAGACUCCAGGCACCGCAGGAGUUCCAGAAGGACCUAUGGGUCAUGGCGGGAAGGGUGAAGUGGGUCACUGACAUUGAGAAGUCGGUACUAAUCAACAACUUCGAGAAGAGAGGAUGGGUCCAAGUGACAGAAAAUGAAGAUUGGAACUUUUACUGGAUGAGCGUGCAGACCAUCCGCAACGUGUUCAGCGUAGAAACUGGGUACCGGCUGUCAGACGACCAGAUCGUCAACCAUUUCCCCAACCACUACGAGCUGACCCGGAAGGACCUGAUGGUGAAGAACAUCAAGAGAUACAGGAAGGAGCUGGAGAAGGAAGGAAGUCCCCUAGCGGAGAAAGACGAGAAUGGAAAAUACCUCUACCUGGACUUCGUCCCGGUCACCUACAUGCUCCCUGCUGACUACAACCUGUUUGUGGAAGAGUUCCGGAAGAGCCCCUCCAGCACCUGGAUCAUGAAGCCAUGCGGCAAAGCCCAGGGAAAGGGCAUUUUCCUCAUCAAUAAGCUUUCACAGAUCAAAAAGUGGUCCCGGGACAGCAAGACGUCCUCGUUUGUGUCUCAGUCCACAAAAGAAGCGUACGUGAUCUCAGUCUAUAUCAAUAAUCCAUUGCUCAUCGGAGGAAGGAAGUUUGACCUUCGUCUGUAUGUCCUGGUGUCCACAUACCGCCCGCUGCGCUGCUACAUGUACAAGCUUGGGUUCUGCCGCUUCUGCACAGUGAAGUACACGCCAAGCACCAGUGAGCUCGACAACAUGUUCGUCCAUCUUACCAACGUAGCCAUCCAGAAGCACGGGGAGGACUACAACCACAUCCAUGGUGGCAAGUGGACGGUCAACAACCUGCGUCUCUACCUGGAGAGCACCCGAGGCCGAGAGGUGACCAGCAAACUGUUUGAUGAAAUCCACUGGAUCAUCGUUCAGUCUCUCAAGGCUGUGGCGCCAGUAAUGAACAAUGACAAGCACUGUUUUGAAUGCUACGGCUAUGACAUCAUCAUCGACGACAGACUGAAGCCCUGGCUGAUCGAGGUUAACGCGUCCCCAUCUCUUACCUCCAGCACCGCCAACGAUCGCAUCCUAAAGUACAACCUGAUUAACGACACCCUCAACAUCGCGGUCCCUAACGGCGAGAUUCCAGACUGCAAAUGGAACAAGUCGCCCCCCAAGGAAGUGCUUGGCAACUAUGAGAUCCUGUAUGACGAGGAACUGGCCCAGGGUGACGGGGCUGAACGAGAGCUUAGAAACCGCCCAGGCCAGCCAGUGGGGCCCAGAGCAGGCCGCUCGAGAGACUCGGGAAGAAAUGUCCUCACCACCUGGAAGUGACCAGCAGAGAGAAGAAGGACCCCAGCUUGGACCUUCCCUCAGUUGCUCCACCCAGACCUGCUAAAUACCCCUUUGGAAUUUCUCCUUUUUCUAGAGUGCUUUCCUGAGCGGGCCUUGUAAAUAAAGACUCAAUGCAAGGUGGAGGAGUUCACCAGGGCUCACGCACUCGCGCGCAUGAAAACGACAGCUUCAGUGUGUGGUGGCACUUCCUUUUUUUAAAGAUUUAUUAUUUUUGAGAUAGGUAUCCCUGGCUGGUCUGGAACUUGCCAUGUAGACCAGGCUGGCCUAGAACUCACAGAGAUCUUACCUGCCUCUGCCUCCCAAGUGCUGGGAUUAAAGGCAUGUGCCACCACGUCUGACUUUAUCUUAUUAUUUGUGUAUGUGAGUGUGUGUGUGUGUGUGUGUGUGUGUGACCCAAGGAAACCAGGAGAGGGCACCAGAUUCCCCAGAGCUGGAGUUAUAGGCUAUUCAAAGUGGGGUUUGGGAAUCAAAACCUCUGUCUGCAAGAGCAAUAAGUGCUGUAAAUGUAAAUCGUCUCUCCAGCCCCCUGAGGAAACUGCUG